GCCGGUAACCACCGGUAACCGCCCGCCGCGGGCCGGGCAGAGCCAGGACCGCCGCCGGUAAACGCCCGCCGUGGGAGGAGCGGCGUCGCGGUGCUUGGUAACCAGGCCGGGAGAAGCGGCGGCCGCCCAGCCCCGCCGUGCCGGCGGGAGUUCUUCAGAUAACCAAGAUGCACUUCCAGUGGGACUGUCUGUGCUUGGGUGUCCUGAUAAUUAGCUCAGUGGCUGCAGGAAUGGAAAAUGAAGACAAUCUGGAUGCAGAUGUUGAAGUGGAGAAUUUUGACAAGCAGUCGCAAGAAGCUGAUGUUGACAGAGAUAAAUCUUCUCUAGAGGUUGUGUACCAGACUCCAAAGCCAACUGGGGAAGUGUAUUUUACAGAAACCUUUGAUGAAGGAUUGUCGGGGUGGGUGUUGUCUGUAACUCUGAAAGAAGACAUGGAUGAUAAUGUUGCUAAAUAUGAUGGAAGAUGGGAAGUAGAAGAGCUGAAGGAAAAUGCAAUGCCUGGAGACAGAGGAUUAGUGUUAAAAUCAGUGGCAAAGUAUCAUGCAAUAUCAGCAAUGCUAACAAAAGCAUUUGUUUUUGAUGAUAAACCUUUGAUUGUUCAAUACGAAGUGAAUUUUCAAAAAGGCAUUGACUGUGGUGGUGCAUAUAUUAAGCUUCUCUCCAGUAGCAAUGACUUGAAUCUGGAAUACUUUUUUGACAAAACACCUUACACUAUUAUGUUUGGACCAGAUAAAUGUGGAGAAGAUUACAAACUACACUUUAUCUUCAGACAUAAGAAUCCUAAAACUGGAGAAUAUGAUGAAAAACAUGCUGAACGUCCUGAUGUAGACCUAAAAAAAUUCUAUUUGGACAAGAAGACGCAUCUAUAUACUCUUGUGCUAAAACCAGAUGAUACAUUUGAAAUAUUAAUCGACCAAACAGUUGUCAGUAAAGGAAGUCUACUUGAGAAUAUGAUUCCUCCAGUAAAUCCUUCGAAAGAAAUAGAGGAUCCUACUGAUAAGAAGCCUGAUGAUUGGGAUGAGAGACUUAAAAUACCUGAUCCAAAUGCUGUCAAACCAGAUGACUGGGAUGAAGAUGAACCUGCCAAAAUAGAAGAUCCUGAUGCUGUUAAGCCUGAGGGGUGGCUUGAUGAUGAACCACAGUAUGUUCCAGACCCUAAUGCAAAAAAACCGAAGGACUGGGAUGAAGAAAUGGAUGGGGAGUGGGAAGCCCCUCAGAUCCGUAAUGCAAAAUGUGAGACUGCACCUGGUUGUGGAGAGUGGGUGCGUCCCAUGAAGAAUAACCCAAAGUAUAAAGGAAAAUGGAAAGCACCUAUGAUAGAUAAUCCUAACUAUCAGGGAAUCUGGAGCCCUCGGAAAAUACCAAACCCAGACUAUUUUGAAGAUCUUCACCCAUUCAAGAUGACUGCUGUCAGUGCUAUUGGUUUAGAACUCUGGUCUAUGACAUCUGAUAUCUACUUUGAUAACUUCAUCAUAUGUUCAGAAAAAGAAGUAGCAGAUCGCUGGGCAGCAGAUAGCUGGGGCUUGAAGAAAUUAGUAGCAAGUGCUAAUGAGCCUGGUAUGUUUAGUCAGUUGGUGACUGCUGCAGAAGAACACCCAUGGCUCUGGGUUCUUUACAUCUUGACUUUAGCUCUCCCUGUUGGUCUAACUGUGUUGUUCUGCUGGCCAGGAAAGAAAUCAGAUGAAUAUAUUGACUUCAAAAAGCCUGAUGUAUCUAAGCAAAUUACAAAGGGAAAACUAAAAGAAGAGACAGAGGAGUUUGAAGAUGAUGAACUAGAAGAGAAAAAAGAAAAGGAAGAUACUGAUGAAGAUGAGAGAAGAGAAAUGGAGGAGACAAAAAGAGAACUUAUAAAGGAUAAUACAAAGAAGAUGGGAAGGGAGGCUCCUGUUUCAGAAGGUGGAGGUGGUGAAGAUAUUUAUGAUGAUGAAGAAGAAAGUGGAGUUCCAUAUGAAGAAGAAAAUGAAGUUCCAGAUAGAAGUCAAGAAGGUGAUAGGUCAAAUAAAUCUGAUUCAGAAGAUGAGAAGAAAGAAGCUGAUGAAGGAAUGGGAGAUCGUCCACUGAAAUCAGUGCGCAAAAGAAGAGUACGAAAGGACUGAGUUAUUUCCAGCUGGUGUUUGCAGGUCUAGAGAGAGUGACGGUAACUUUUGGUGUGCCACUUCAGUGGGCCUGGCAGAUUGCUUAGCUUUGAUGGGAAAAGGAGGGGCUCAUUGCUGUUUAACCUCCUAUUUUAAUUCUCUGGCCUCUUAAACCAUCCCAAACUUCCUCAAUUCCCUUUUUUUAAGGAUAAAUGUUUUCUGUGAAGAGUUAGCUGGUAUUUCAAAUUCAAAAUAAAAGGGAAAUUACAAGCUGACCUACUGAUUUUUAGGUAAAGAUUCUUAAGAUUUGAAGUUUCUUAGAAAUUAGUAUUAGUUGGAGAUAAACUUAUUCUGAAUAUUUUUUUAAAUAAAUGCAUUAUAAUACUUUUGUAGCUCUAGCACAAAAUAAGCUGUUUACGGUUUUCAGCUUAAAGAAGGUGGUAGCAUAGAUGUAGCAUCUACAGCAGUUCACAUUGCUAUGAGAAAAGGUAUUAUUUUCUGUGCAGAGCUAAAUGCAAUAAUUGUUUUGUUAUGAUGAUUUUGUGCUAGGAACAAUUUUUUUGUAAAUUAUUUAUUUUAGUUGAUCUUGUUACAUGGGUGGUCACCUGUUCACUUUAGGCAUUGGUUGCAGUAAUUUAUUUUCAAGAUAUAUUUUAAAAUAGAAUACAAGUGGUAAUUGAUGUGAUUUGUUUUACUCUUGAAUGCAGGUAUCAAAUCUGCAGGUCAUAUACAGAUGUUUUUUUCAAACUUUUAUAGUUCUCAUGUUCCAAACCAGAGUGGUAUAACCUGUUUAUAGAAUAUUUGCUAAGUGUAUAUUGUAACCUAAAAAUAUUUAUUAAUUCUUGCUUAAUAUGAAAUUUAUUAAUAUAGAUAAGAAUUUUUGAUGGAUUAAGUUUUUUUACGAUGUGAGUAACUUGGGUAUUCUCAUAGUUUAAAUAAACUGCUUGUUGUAAAGAAACAUUGUUUCAUUGAAGUUCAGCUGUAUAUUAAACAAUAAAAUUUCAGUCACCAGAAACCUUGCUGCUUGGCAGCUGCCUGUAGUAGUAGUAGUAGAAUGUGUAAAUGCUAGCAAAAGUAGUCAUACAUUACAAAUGAAGUAGAAAUACAUUAAUUCAUAAGGAAUAUAACAGAUUUUCUUGUGCCUGUCAUUAAAUUUGUCUGCUUUAAAAAGAAGUAUUUUCACAGCAAAUUCCAUGGAAGUCUCUAAGAAAUGAAUGCUAAACCCUAAUGAAGAAGCCAAUGUCCUCAAGUGCAUGUUUUGAUGUGUUCAAAAGUUAAUUAUAUUUGACUUCUAUUUGGCCUGAAUUACAUGGAAAUCUCCAGUUUUUUGUUUAAUUUGGGGCCUUUUGUGUCUUUUUGCAUGUUUCCACCUCUUUAGUUAGGGCCUCUGUGCAAAAGGUAAGAAGUGAAGACUCCAGAUUACUCCUCAGCAAUAGACAAAAGCUUUUACCAGUCUAGUAUCCUGCUGACAGCAGUUACAGUGAGCUGUCAGAGCUCACUUUUUAAGUCUGAGUCUGAUAAAAGUCCUCUGGAAUUGUUACAGUGUUUGGGUGUCCUAGGGGUCUGGUUUGUUUGUUUGCUUAGGGUUUUUGGAGGUUUUUUUUUUUUUUCUCUGAUAUGUGAUAGUUACUAUCGUUUCUUUGAUGUGAUUUAGUUACUCCAGGGAUUGGUCACCCCAUGGGGGAUGCUAAUCUUCCCUUAGGGUUUUGAAUUUAAAGUCCCCAUAAAGUCUUGAUUGAUGCCCCAUCAGCUUUGAUCACCUAGAAUCUAGAGAUAGCAUACAUCCUUCUGCACAUCAACUUACUUGGAUCUAGAUUUAUGCUGGUAAUUAGAGCAGAAAUACCAGAGAUGUUGAGGAUUUAAGGCUCUAGAGAUAGAAAGCCAGGCAAAAGGGCAACCCCUGUUCAUUGAUACAAUGCAACACUGAGAUUUCACACACUUCCUGUCCACUGUCCAUUUUUAUCUGAACAGGUAUUUCAGGAAUCACGGUUCAUCUUGCUAUCAUGGUUGCUUGAAAGAUCUUUAAAAUUAACAAAAUAAUGAUUUUCAGUUCCAGCAUGUCUUGCUAUUAAAACUGUCAUCUUUGGAAUUCUCUAAGACCUCUACAGCCUGCACUCCCUCUGACUAUGUUGUACCUUGGUAAAACAGCUCUUAAUGAUGAUGCCAGACUGAAUACUUUAUAUGCAGGGAAGGCCAAGUAGUACUGAGGCCCUUUCAUUUAGUUACAGUUUAAGGUACUCUUCAGCUGGCAUCUACAUUCAUGAAGGCACGAUGAAGUAAUAAUUCUGGAUUCUGUCUAAUGUAAAGCUCACUAAAAGUGUAGGAAAAAGUAUCAUUUCUAACUUGGCUUAGCAGUCUCCCACAGCUAUGGAAAAGUGCAAGUUUUAACUUUUUUACAACAGUGAAUGCAGUCUACCAAUCCUUUUACUUUAACAAGAACAGAAAAGUAGACAUAAAUUUAAGAUUGAUGGCUAAAAAUAACAAGUGAGUCAGGAACUGAAGCUUUGUUAAAAUUAAAUUCAUUAACUCAGG